AUGGCAGCAGCAAAAUUACCUUGGGAAAUCAUCAUUGAUAUACUGUCCCCGCUUCCGGUCAAAUCCCUUAUGCGAUUCAAAUGCGUUUCAAAAUCUUUCUACUCUUUAAUUUCUCAGGAUUCCCACUUCAAAAAGAAACAUCAGAGUCAAUCAGAAUUCUCGAGCGCGAUUCUUUAUCUCAAAGAUGAACGAAAUUCUAUUUGUUCAUACUCCCUUUCAACUUUGUCCUCGGAUGAUCACCAGGACGUGAUAAAACUCAAUAUUACAUUUAAAGGGUGGUGGAGAAUCCACAAUUCUUGUGAUGGCUUGUUUUGCGUUACAGAUAUUGAAGAAGUCGUUAUGUAUGGAUUGGCUUAUGACUCAAUCUCCCAUGACUACAAAGUCUUGAAAGUGAUCGGACCUGAGGUUACAUUCUAUUCAUUGAAAAAUAAUUCGUGGAGAUGA